CCCAUCGCUCGCACCCGGGCACCCGCCCUGCCCUGCCCGGUGCCCGUCCUGCAGGUGUCCCCGACCGUGGCCGACAACUCCAGCCAGCAGGACUGGGGCGAGCUCUUCACAGAGGAGGAGCUGAACGAGCUCUACUACGAGGACAGCGUGAACGACAGUGACGUCACCGCGGCCGCGCCCUGCCGCUCCUGCAACCUGCUGGACGCGUCCUCGCUGCCCUUCUUCCUCCUGGUCAGCGUCCUGGGCUUCCUGGCCAGUGCUGCCGUCCUCUUCGCCCUCCUCCGGCCACUCUUCCGCUGGCGGCGCUGUGCUGACCGGCCCGUCCUGGCGCACGCGGCCGCGGGCAGCGCCCUCUUCAGCCUGGCUCUGCCCCUCCUGGCGCCGGGGCUGGGUGGUGCCCGCCCAGCCCCCCUCUGCCAGCUGGCCCACCUGGCUUGGCACAGCUCGGCCUUCGCCCAGGCGCUGCUGAUUGCCAGCCGGGCCUGUCUGGGGCCCCGGCUGGGCACAGGCUGGCUCCCGCGCCUGAUCCUGGCGGCUCUCUGGGCGGUGUCCAUCAUGCUGGGGCUGCCCAGUGCCCUGACCAGCGACUCCUCCGAGGGCUCCUGCCCCCCGAGCCAGGGCUGGGGCCUGCUGCACACCCUCCACGUCUCCGCCUGCUGCUGCCUCUUCGUCGCGCUGCCACUGGGCCUGCUGGGCGCCACGGGGCUGAGGGCGGCCCUGGGCAAGGGGCCGUGCCUAUGGGUGGACGCGCUGUGGGUCUGGUUCAUUUUCUGGUGGCCGUAUGGGGUGAUGCUGGGCGUGGACGACCUGGUGAGGUCCCGGCAGGUGGCUAUACGGUCAUGCCACGCCCAGCAGGUCCAGGACCUGCUGCUACAGCUGGCAGAAGGUCUGGCCACGGUGCACUGCGUGGCCACCCCCUUGCUGCUGGCCCUGGCCUGCCACCGGGCUGCCCAUGUCGCCGCCCCACCACUGCCACCAGCUCCGGCUCCCCGCCCGGACCCCCUUGCAGGCAAAUCCUAACCCAAUAAAGUCUGUCCUGCUUCCCCGGGA